GCUCAGGGCUGGAACUACGGGCAGGUCUUCAGGGGCACAACCAGAGGGGGUGGCCCAGGGCUGGGUGGUAAGGCAGCCUGGGAGACUUCUGUCUCCCCACCUCCUCCUUAGGAAGGGCAAGCGGGCUGACUCUUAAGUUUGAAGAGGACAUCCUGAACAUCUGCCUCUCCAUCCUGGACCGAAGUCCUAGCCACCAGGAUGACCCGGCCACCGAUGUGUCCCACCGCCAUGACCCAGUCUAUGUCACCAGGAUCAUCAGUGCUAUGGUGAACAGCAACAAUGACCGAGGUGUGGUACAAGGCCAGUGGCAGGGCAAAUAUGGCGGUGGCACCAGCCCACUGAAUUGGCGUGGCAGUGUGGCCAUCCUGCAGAAGUGGUUCAAGAGCAGAUACAAGCCAGUCAAAUACGGCCAGUGCUGGGUCUUUGCUGGAGUCAUGUGCACAGUCCUCAGGUGCCUGGGGAUCGCCACCAGGGUGGUGUCCAACUUCAACUCAGCCCAUGACACCGAUGGCAAUCUGAGUGUGGACAAAUAUGUGGACAUCUUUGGCCGGACCUUGGAAGACCUGACAGAAGACAGUAUGUGGAAUUUCCAUGUCUGGAAUGAAGGCUGGUUUGCACGACAGGACCUGGGCCCAUCCUAUGAUGGCUGGCAGGUUUUGGAUGCCACGCCCCAAGAGGAGAGUGAAGGCAUGUUCCAGUGCGGCCCUGCCUCAGUCACCGCCAUCCGCGAGGGUGAUGUCCACCUAGCCCACGAUGGUCCCUUCAUCUUUGCUGAGGUCAAUGCAGACUACAUCACCUGGCUAUGGCAUGAGGACCAGAGGCGGGAGCGCGUGUACUCAGACACGAAGAAGAUUGGCAGGUGCAUCAGUACCAAGGCAGUGGGCAGUGAUUCUCGUGUGGACAUCACGGGCCUCUACAAGUAUCCAGAAGGAUCCCGGAAGGAGAGGCAGGUGUACAGCAAAGCUAUGAAGAAACUGCUCAGCGUGGAACCCUGGGGGAGGAGGAGGCGGAUCCGCAGGGCCGGUUUGCGUGCUGUCUGGCGCGAUGACCUCCUGGAACCGGCCACCAAACCCAGCAUCACUGGCAAGUUCAAAGUGCUGGAACCACCAGUGCUUGGCCAGGAUCUGAAGCUAGCUCUGUGCUUGACCAGCCUCACCGCCAGAGCCCAGCGGGUCCGAGUCAAUCUGAGUGGCGCCACCAUCCUCUAUACCCGCAAGCCAGUGGCAGAGAUCCUGCGUGAAUCUCACACAGUGAAGCUGGGGCCACAAGAAGAGAAGAAGAUCCCAGUCACAAUAUCUUACUCUCAGUACAAAGAAGAUCUGACGGAGGACAAGAAGAUCCUGUUGGCUGCCAUGUGUCUUGUCAGUAAAGGGGAGAAGCUCCUGGUGGAGAAGGACAUUACUCUGGAGGACUUCAUCACCAUCAAGGUGCUGGGCCCAGCAGUGGUAGGAGUGGCGGUCGCUGUGGAGGUGAUGGUGAUCAACCCCCUCUCGGAGAGCGUAAAGGACUGUACUCUGAUGGUAGAGGGCAGUGGCCUUCUCCAAGGGCAGCUCAGUAUCGAGGUGCCCAGCUUGCAGCCUCAAGAGAGGGCCUUGAUCCAGUUCAACAUUACCCCCUCCAAGAGUGGCCCAAGGCAGCUGCAGGUGGACCUUGUCAGCCCGCAGUUCCCAGACAUCAAGGGCUUUGUGGUCAUCCACGUGGCUACAGCCAAGUGAGGGACCAUGAGUGACUUUGGGAGGAUUCUGUCCCUUUGCUUGUUUCCCCCAUAUAAGAUGCAGGAGUCCUAGGUUAGCUUCUGUCUUUGCCCUACUUCGCAAGUUUAGGCAAGAUCCUCCCCAGUGCAUUGAGGUGCUGGACUCAGUAAUCCUUCCCCUUCAGGACAAGUGGGUGAUGUGAGCGCCGAGGGAUCCUCCAACUUUCUACUGGGAGAAUGGCAUGUCCCAGCCUCCUGAGAGCCCUGGCCUCGAUAGUUCUGCCAGUUCAUCCUAGGCAACUGCUCCUUGCUUUUCUUUCAUUUUUUUCAAAUGUCCUGGACACAUUUGGGCCCAAGAAUUCUCUAGGCCAAAACACUGCCAUGAUAGAGGAACCCUCCUGAAAGCAUAAAGCAAAGUAGAAGCAGAACUGAGAACCACGCCACUCACCCAACUGUUACCCCAAACUCAUGGUCUUAAUAAAAAGCAUUGGACCUUCAGCAACAGAUUUUCCCCUCAGUGGAGACACUGGCCCUGGAUUUGAGGGGCUAAAGCUGCCUGGGAGCAGUUGAAGAAGGCAAAGGCGCUCUCCCCUAAACUCGGCAGCACGGAUAUGCUCUGGGUCUGGCCAUCCUGGAGUUCACAGGAUCACCCUGGAUCAAUCAGUCACCCUUUCUUGGAACCAGGAUGGCUCCCAAUUGUGCAGACCCUACACUUGGAAUCGAAGCGGGACCUGGAUACCCGGGGUAAGAACCAGAGUCACCAUGGGGCCACGAAGAAUAUGACACUGGAUAUGAAAUUUAGCACUGAAAUUUCCUGGACAGCCCAAGAAAUUAAAAUCAAGCUACAUUUGAAGAACUUUGGAGAACGCAGCAGGUGCAUCAGCAAUGUGGUGCCUCCUGGGUACAAAUGAAGAUGAGGGAGCUGGAGAGAUGGCUCAGCGGUUAAGAGCACUUUCUGCUCUAGUUCUAGAGGGUCUGAGUGUGGUUCCCAGGCACCAUGUCA